AUGGUCUUGACGUUGAAAGACUUCUGCUGCGGCGGGGGUGGGCAGGCCCUGAAAACAUUGUCGAACUUUGCUUUGAAGUUCGCGGCGUCGGUCUGUCCCCAACAAGCAUCAAUUUACACAGCAAUCAAUGAUCGCGACCAAUCUGCGACAACGUCAAUAAUUCCAGGUUACGCGCGCCUAGACAGAAUCACCAUGCCGGCCGUCACCCCGCCAACGCUCCCGUUUUUCUGUGAUCCAAGCGAGUUGCCUGCUCCGCUCCCGACCCUGGACGAGAUUGUUGCAGCCGACCAGACCUUCCCAGAUAUCUCCGACAACACAUACCAACGGGUCGCCCGUGUCAAGGACAAAUUCAUCGUCAAGUAUGGUGUGUCACCCUGGGUGUCUGAAAACGAAGGCCAUGCGCUCUUGCUGCUCGCCAAGUACCCCUCCAUUCCGGUACCGCGACUCUACGCCAUGCACCGCAAGGGCGACAGACUCUUCUUGAUCAUGGAAUUCAAGGAAGGCAUGCAGCUCAGCACCGUUUGGGGUGGUCUUUCGGAGCACGACAAGCUUGACAUCAUUGGCCAGCUGCGAGCCAUUUUCACCCAGGUGCGCCAGAUCCCUUCCCCCGGGAUCUUUAGCAACGUCAUCGGCGGGCCCUUACGGCAUCGCUUCUUCUUGUCGGUCGAGCCAACGCCCGAGAUCAACGGACCCUUUCAACACGAGAGGGAUUUCUCCAUGGCUAUGGCGAGGCGGUCGCGGAAAACCUGGGAAUCGAACGGGUACAAGCCCUGGACGUCCGAGUUUCUCGAGCGCCAUCUCCCUACGGCCCUAGCCGGUCACCUCAGCGUGUUCACGCAUGACGAUCUGCAGCGCAAGAAUAUUCUAGUCGCCAGGAACGUUGCCUCAGCAGACAGUGCAAACCCAGGCGAGAGCGGGAGCAAAUGGCGUGUUACGGCUGUUAUAGAUUGGGAGAAUGCUGGGUGGUACCCGAGCUACUGGGAGUAUGCUGCCAGGUUUGUCGAAUUCGUCUGGGAUGACGACUGGCCCGAGAAAUUUGAGGGGAUUGUUGACCCUUGCCCCCUUGAGGCUGGGUUACUGAGGUUUGUGCGGCAAGAUCUGGAUUAUUGAUGGGUACAAUGAGAUGCCCUCCUCCUAGACUAGCAUGAUAUUAUAUAGCAGCUACGAUUCAGAGCUGUGAUCGAAACCUACUACUACCAUCGUUUGGGCGCUCAAAUAAUGCUGCAAUAUUUGUAUGAUCAUAGUUAACU